AUGUAUAGUACUGUUAAUAUUAUGUAAAAAUUUCAUAAUUUUUCUUCGGUAAACUUCGGACAUAAGGGGAGGGAAUGGUACUUCUUCACAUUUUCCUUCAUAAUUUUUUUCCCCUAUGAAAAAAAAAGAAAAGUUGUAGAAUGUACACUUUAAGUUCUUUCAAAUGAUACCCCACUCGACCUAGUCACUAUACUUUGAAGUUUUGCCCCCUCUUCAUAUAGGGCAUUUUCCAUAGUUAAUAAAAAUAUAUAUACUUUCAAUGUUUCUGGGUUGACGUUGUUCAUAAUAACUAUUCCAAAAAAACCGAUAGCUUAAGUGGUUCUCGAGAUAUUUAGCGAUGUUACAGACAGACAGACAGACGGACGGACGAACAGUCGCACCAUAAGGGUUCCUUUUGUACCUUUUUGGUACGCAACCCUAAAAAUCCCAGGCAACCCUUAUUUCAAAAGAUUUCAAUGGGCUAUUGUAUGGGUAUGUAUGACCUUAAUCACAACACAGAGCCUAUCACGAACACUGAAAUUCCAAAAUGGCGGGCAUCUUUCGCUGUCACUCUAAUUACGCCUUUAUUAGGCCCUCUGUAGCGGAACACGUGAUCUGCCUCAUUCAUAACUAUUUAAAAUACCUCAAUUGUGUUACGUAUCAACACAAACAGCGGCGGUAUCAUGAUCGCAUUUUUAUCACUUAUCAUGUCAUCCGUCACUUUCGCACUUACAUACUUGUUAGAACGUGACAGGCAUGGUGACAGAUGAUAAAGAGCCGACCAUCUUAGCCCCACAGAUGUCUGCCAAGGCCACUAUGUCACGACUAUCUAUCUCAGACGCUCGAACACCGUAUCAGCGGUGCAUACCUAUUUAGCACCUUUUUCAAACAAUAGUCUCAAUUUUAAUUUUAUAUUUCACAACUUUUACAAUUUUGCGUCAGUAUCUACAUUUAAAGUAGAUAUAGAUAAAGAUACACUGAUAUAAAUACGAGUAACACACACAUACAUAACCUAAAGAACACACUAGUAUUCACACAUUUUUAAUUUAUACUCAUGCAUGCAUACGCAUGAGUGUUUCUGAAAAGAUGGCUCUGAGAAAAGUUUUAGUGGUUAAUAAAACAUUUCCCGCUGCUGGUUUGGAGUUAUUGAAAAAGCAAGUUGAGGUAACUGUUGUGCCCCACAUAGACCAUGAGCCUGAAAUUUUGCCUGCAAUAGAAAAUGAGUUGAAAGAGCAAAAGUAUGAUGGAAUAAUUUGGAAUACGAAGCACAGACUGACUGGAACUCGUUUGGACUUGGCUGGACCAAAACUAAAAUGUGUGUCAACGAUGUCAUCUGGCUUGGACCAGAUAGAUAUAGAGGAGAUAAAAAAGCGCGAUCUGCGCCUCGGCAAUACAGUUCAGGUCCUCGAUAAUGCAGUGGCAGAUAUCGCCGUUGGACUGCUUAUAGGAGCUGCCAGAAGGUUCAAGGAGGGGGUAGAAGAAUUGGAGAGUGGCGCAUGGAAAGAAGGAGUGCAAUGGAUGCUGGGACAAGACAUCGAGGGCAGCACAGUGGGCAUCGUGGGCCUCGGAGGCGUUGGGCAAGCCGUCGUCAGGAGGCUGAAGGGUUUCGAUGUGAAACGGUUCAUUUAUAGUGGAAGGACUGAGAAACCUGAGGCCAAAGCAUUGGGAGCAGAACGAGUACCCAUAGAACAACUGCUAAAGGAAAGCGACUACGUAGUCCUGUGCUGCCCGCUCACAAGUGAAACCAAGCAUUUAAUCAACGACGAAAGACUCGGCAUAAUGAAGAAGAACGCUGUCCUCGUUAAUAUAGCUCGAGGAGGUGUCAUAGACCAGGAAGCGUUAUAUAGAGCUCUGAAAGAAAAGCGUAUUUUCGCGGCAGGACUCGACGUUACCUCUCCAGAACCUCUUCCGAAGGACGACCCUUUAAUUUCAUUGCCCAAUUGUUUUAUUGUACCUCAUUUGGGCAGCGCUACAAACGAGACCAGGAACAUGAUGUCUAGAAUUUCAGCCAAUAACAUAUUGUUAGCUUUGGAAGGGAAGCCUAUGAUGAAUCCUGUUAUCUAGUUUAAUUAAAUUAGUUUAACUCAAAAACAUCCUUAUGCUAAUUGUGUAAUAUAGUAGUAAAACUAAUUUUCGUUUCAUUUUAACCUACCAAUAGAUGGCAGUUGAAUAAUCCUCUUUAUGGCAUUAUGUGUUUUAGCGCCAUCUAUCGUUUAGUCUGUAUAUUCUGUAUUAUCACACACUCAUACUAAAAAACCGGUCAAGUGAGAGUUCGUUUAACUCGCGCACCGAGGGUUCUGUACAAACUUUCAUUUAUCUCAUGUAACUAUACAUACGAGUAAAAACGAAAGAUUUGGACCGGAAGUAUAUACUAAGCUUAUUUGUGUACAGCGCCAUCUAUCAUCAAAUUGGCUGAAUAAAUGUUGGUUUUUCAGGGAUAAUUCUUUAUCAUGUGAACCGAUAUCAACAAUUUUUGUUUUCAUAUUUAAUGUCAUUAUCGAGUCUAACGCGAUUAAAUUUCAUUAAUGUCUUCCGUGUAACCUGGCUGAAACGUCGGAUAAAAGGUAAAAUAAUUAAAUUUAAUCGCGUUAAACCCGUUAAUGACUUUAAAUAUGUGUACAAGGGACCGUAUUUGAAUUUCAAGCCCUCGAUUUCGUCACUCGAAAAUCUGUGGAAAACGGCGCAAUGCUAUUUUUGAAAUACGAGUGAUAGAAAUUGGAAAUCAAGUGAUAUUGACAACUCGUUUUCAAUUCGAAUAGGUAGGAGAAUUUAAAUGCCUAGUAGUGGAGAUUGCUAUUGAACAAAAUACAGGAAAUCGAGUGGUCGAAAUUAAAAAAUCGGCCCCCAAAACGCGAGAGUUUUAAGUAUUUAUUUUUAUUUUGUUUGAAAUUUGUUUUUCGUGUAAUAAGUAAGGUAACAUUGCGAAUUAAAUUAGAAAAUGCUUAUAGAUAAUUAAAUAUAGUUAUCAAGG